UGUUCAUAUCCAGGGCUAAUGGAACGAUUUCGUUCCAUUCAUUUGUAGGAAAGCAAUGAGACAUGGCAGCGUACACCACCGUUAAACUAUGGAACUCGCGAAUAAAGGAGGCUGUAAAUGGAAACUGUGCCAGAAAAGCCCUUCUUCUCUUUCGCCAAAUGAAGCAACAAGGAUUAGAGCCGAACAACUUGACCUUUCCAUUCAUUGCAAAAGCUUGUGCCAACCUUUCUGAUCUCAGCUAUUCCCAAUCUGUUCACACCCAAAUACUGAAAUCCUUAUUUGGGAACGAUAUUUUUAUACAGACAUCAAUGGCCGAUAUGUACGUGAAAUGUGGUCAAGUGGAUUAUGCAUACAAAGUGUUUGAUAGAAUGCCCGACAGAGAUGUCGCAGCUUGGAACGCAAUGCUUAUCGGUUUUGCUCAGUUGGGUUCUCUUGAUGAAGUUUGUAGUCUUUUCAAUGGGAUGAGGUUUGCUGGGAUUCACCCUGAUUCUGUCACUGUUGUGGGACUUAGCCUAGGGGUUUUGAGUGCCAAGAGUUUGGAAUUGGUCAAGGGAAUUCAUGCUUUCGGGAUUCAAAAUGGGGUGGCUGCUAAUGUUACUGUAUCUAACACUUGGAUUUCGGUAUAUGCCAAAUGUGGCGACUUGGCAUCGUCUCGAAAGGUUUUUGAUGAGAUUGGUGUAAGGACUGUCAUCUCUUGGAAUUCCAUGAUUGCUGGAUAUGCAAACUUCGAAAACUUUUUUGAUGCCUUUGAUUUGUAUAGAAGGAUGUUAGUGGAUGGCAUCAGGCCUGAUGCUAGCUCUAUUGUCAGUUUGAUUUCGUCAUGUGUUCAACCAGAAGCACUGUUUCGAGGAAUGCUCAUUCAUUCUCAUGGAAUCAAAUUGGGUUGUGACUUGAACAUAUCUGUAACCAACACCCUUAUAUCCAUGUAUUCCAAGUGUGGAGAUGUUAAUUCUGCAAGACUCUUGUUUGAUUGCAUGUCUUAUAGGACGUGUGUUUCAUGGACGGUUAUGAUUAGUGGAUAUGCUGGGAAAGGGAAUAUGGAUGAGGCAAUGUCCUUGUUUUUUUCAAUGGAAAAAGCUGGUGAGACACCUGAUUUGGUUACUGUACUUUCUUUGCUUUCAGGUUGUGGCCAGACAGGAUCCCUUGAGGUCGGGAGAUGGAUCGACGAUUAUGCCAAAUCUAAAGGGUUUAAAGAUGCUUCAAUGGUUUGUAAUGCACUAGUAGAUAUGUAUUCGAAAUGUGGUAGGAUAUGCGAGGCUCAGGAGGUUUUUCAUGCCAUGCCUGAGAAAACUAUUGUUUCUUGGACAACCAUGAUCUCUGGUUGUGCUCUGAAUGGAAAAUUUGAAGAAGCUUUAGACCUUUUCCAUCAGAUGAGGGCUUUGGGCUUCAAACCUAACCACAUAACAUUUCUUGCUGUCCUUCAAGCUUGCACUCAUGCAGGCUUUCUUGAUAAAGGGUGGGAAUUCUUCAAUAUGAUGACGGUGGUAUAUGAUAUAAAUCCGGGAUUAGAUCAUUAUUCUUGUAUGGUAGAUCUUCUUGGACGUAAAGGUAAGCUAAUAGAAGCAAUGGAGUUCGUUUUAAAUUUGCCGAUAGAACCAGAUGCUGCCAUAUGGAGUGCAUUGCUUAGUGCUUGCAAGGUUCACCAGAACAUUGAGAUCGGUAAGUACGUAGCCAGUCGUUUGUUCGAGAUGGAGCCUCAAGAGGCUGCCCCAUAUGUGGAGAUGGCAAACAUAUAUGCAUCAACUGGAAAGUGGGAUAGAGUUGCAAUGAUAAGGUUAUUGAUGAAACAGAAGAAAGUGAGCAAAUCUCCUGGGGAAAGCCUUAUCCAAAUCAAUGGGAAAACACAGAGAUUUACCGUUGAAGAUAGAAGUAAACCUGAUGGUGAGCUUAUAUUUACUUUGUUGGAUGGUUUAGCAUUGCAGUUAAAAGAUGGUGAUAUCCCCUGCAUUUAAUGUGGGAACUCGUUUAGUCCUCUAAGUUCAUUUUUCGUGGCUUUGAAUA